AUUCUAUUUUGCGAAAGUGCGGCAGUGAAAUGUCUGUUUUUAGUCUCACCGUCACAUGUCCUUUCAAGGCCCCACAGUGUGAGUGAGACUCGGUCAGAUCCAAGAACAGGAGGCAGGACUAUGGCUUCUCAGGUCACAGAAUCAGACCAGAUUAAACAGUUCAAAGAAUUUCUUGGCACCUACAACAAACUGACUGAGAACUGCUUCAUGGACUGUGUGAAAGACUUCACCACAAGAGAGGUGAAACCUGAAGAGACCUCAUGCUCUGAGAGCUGUCUACAGAAGUAUCUGAAAAUGACACAGCGGAUCUCGAUGCGCUUCCAAGAAUAUCAUAUCCAGCAGAACGAGGCUCUGGCAGCCAAAGCUGGUUUGCUUGUCCAGCCACGAUAGUCGAAUACAUUGUGUUUUACAGUCUCGUAUCCUCAGGCUGUAACUCUCACCCUGCCUCCUUCAUAUUGGACUGAUGAGGCAGAGGACAGUGUCAGAAGAUGAUGUCCUCCUUUUGGGUCCCUUGAUCUUUGCAACGGUGGAGUUUUUUUUUUCCUGUUCUUCUGAUUAUGAAGACUCACCAUGGCUUUUUUUUUUAAAGCAUAUUGUGAAGGUAGUGUUUUUAUCCUUUUUUUUUCAUGGCUGAUCUAUGAAUUCACUGCAAAUGUAUGGAAAAUAAAACAGGUAAAUAAGUAA